AUGGCGGAUAAAGCCCAGAAAACUCUGGUUUUGUUAGCGAAUCUGAUCAAGGUUCCUCCAUUGAAGGCUUUUCCUCUCUUGAAUUCGUCGAAGUUUCAUGGAUUUCAACACACUCAUGAAUCCUUCUCGAUUCUUCUUCGUCUCUUUCUCUCUGGGAACUUACUCUCUCACGCUCAGUCACUUCUGCUUCAAGUUAUAUCUGGUAAAAUCCAUUCCCAAUUCUUCACUUCUUCAUCUCUGUUACAGCAUUUGACGGAAUCAGAGAGUUCGAAAACCAGGUUUCGAUUAUAUGAGGUCAUCAUCAACGCGUAUGUUCAAUCUCAAUCCGUAGACUCAGCGAUCUCUUAUUUCAACGAGAUGGUCGAUAAGGGCUUUGUUCCUGGAUCGAAUUGCUUCAAUAAUCUCUUACGUUUCGUUGUUGGGUCGUGCUCAUUCAAUCAAUGGUGGGUUUUUUUCAACGAGAACAAAAGCAAAGUUGAUUUAGAUGUGUACAGUUUCGGGAUUGUGAUGAAAGGAUGUUGCGAAGCUGGGGAAAUCGAGAAAAGCUUUGAGCUUUUUGUUGAGUUAAGAGAGAAUGGGUUUUCUCCAAACGUUGUAAUCUACACGACUCUGAUCGAUGGAUGUUGCAAGAAAGGAGAAAUCGAAAAGGCGAAAGAUUUGUUUUCCGAAAUGGGGAAACUUGGAUUAGUCGCUAAUGAGCGUACUUACACUGCUUUGAUUGAUGGGUUAUUCAAAAACGGGAUUACGAAACAAGGGUUUGAGCUGUACGAGAAGAUGCAGGUUAAUGGAGUUUUCCCUAAUCUCUAUACUUACAACUGUGUGAUGGAUCAUCUCUGUAAAGAUGGAAGAACAAGAGACGCCUUUAAAGUGUUCGACGAAAUGCGUGAGAGAGGGGUUUCGUGUAACAUUGUUACUUAUAAUACACUGAUAGGUGGGUUGUGUAGAGAGAUGAAGGCGAAUGAAGCGGAUAAGCUGAUGGGUCAAAUGAAGAGUGAUGGAAUCAACCCUAACUUGAUCACUUACAACACUUUGAUUGAUGGGUUUUGUAAUGUGGGAAGAUUAGGCAAGGCAUUGAGCUUAUGCAGAGAUUUGAAGUCGAAAGGUAUGUCACCGUCUCUCUUUACAUAUAAUAAUCUAGUUUCGGGGUACUGUAAAGAAGGAGAUACUUCAGGAGCAGCUAAGAUGGUUAAGGAGAUGGAAGAGAGAGGGAUUAAACCGUCGAAAGUAACUUACACUAUUCUUAUGGACACAUUUGCUCGUUCGGAUAAUAUGGAGAGAGCAAUUCAGCUUCAAUCAUCAAUGGAGGAACUAGGAUUAGUCCCGGAUGUUCGUACCUAUAGUGUAUUAAUUCACGGGUUUUGCAUCAAAGGUCAAAUGAAUGAAGCCUCGAGGCUCUUUAGGUCAAUGGUCGAAAAGAAGUUAGAACCGAACGAGGUUAUAUACAAUACAAUGAUUCUUUGGUAUUGCAGAGAAGGUAGUUCUUAUAGAGCAUUGAGGUUGCUUAGAGAGAUGGAAGAGAAAGAGUUGGCUCCAAAUUUUGCUAGCUAUAGUAAUUUGAUUAGUGUUCUUUGUAAAGAAAGAAAAUUGAAAGAAGCUGAGGAAUUGGUUGAGAAGAUGAUUGAUUCAGGGAUUGAUCCAUCUGCUUCCAUCUGUAAUAUGAUCUCUAGAGCCAAAAAUGAUUCAUAUGUAGCUCAAACAAAUGAUAAGAGCAAAUUCAAUGUGAUUAAAGUAUAA